UGUGCGUGUGGACUGUAUACAUGUGCGUAUAAUCCGUGUGUGCGUUUUUCUUCAAGGAAAACAGCCAUGUACGUGUAGCAAAGCGUGUGUACGUGUUAUUGAGGUGUACAUGUGCGUCUAUUUUGAAGUAUAUCUUGUCCUCCCGAGAACGAGCUAAUGAAAGGCAGCGAACGCGUAGUCUCCGAGGCCGAGCUUCGAGUGCGACGUUCACUUCAACGCCUCCAUGUCCCCGAGUGGAUGAAGAACGCCCCCCCCGCGGAGCAGAGUUUCCUCCUCAAGAAAAGUGGAGGAGGAGGUGCUGGAGGAGGAGCUGGAGGUGGAGGAGGAGGAGGUUGGGCGGCCUAUUCCUCGAAGGCAGGGUCUAUGACCUCGCUCGGGUCUACUCGCUCAGGUCAUUUCUCGAGUAAGGUCGUCAUACCGACCCGCGUGACGUCAUCGUCGAGGGGGUUCGUGACGUCGGGAGCUGGAAUGACGUCAUCGAUGGGAGGUGGAGGGAUGAUGAUGACGUCACCCUAUGGCAUGACGUCAUCGAUGACAUCACCGAGCUCCGCCUCCGUCAGUCCUUCUCCGAGCGACAAAAUCUCCCUCUUCACUUACCCCUCUGGGCGUUGGAGCUCCUCACGCCUAAACUCCGGAAACGUCACGCCCACGGGCUCUGUGAGGACCUUGGGUACGCCCACGAGCCUCUCCCGGACGCCCUACUUAGGCUGGAGGUCACAGACGUCCCUAGCGCGAUCCCAAACGUCCCUCUCGGGGUCACAGACGUCGAUUUUGGGGUCGUAUAUGACACCCGCCGAGAGAUUGGCGCUCGGUGUCACUUCCUACUCGUUUUUGAGGAAGAAGGAAGAAGGAGAAGGAGGAGGAGGAGAGGGGGAGAAGGAGAAGAGGGAGAGAGAGGAGAAAGAAGGAAGAACGCGAGAAGACGGGGAACGGGACGGAAAGGCGGAGAGGCAAUCGGACGACGAAGGAAGGGAGAGGGAAACACAGGCCGAUAAAAGAGGGAAUGGGCGAGACGGAGGAGAAGAGGACGUGCAUUCUUCCAUCCGGGAAGUGACCUCGGCCAUCGUGCACUAUUGCAAGGACUCCAGCCCUUCCCCAAGAGCCACCAGAGGUCAGAGGUCACGCCCGGUCCACCCUCCGCCCCCCGUUCCAUCUAGGACAGGUCAGGACAGGUCAAGAUCCCCCGUCGAAGGUCAGGAAGACAGGUCGAGGUCGCCCUUCGAGAGCCAGGCCAGGUCAAGGUCGCCCGCGGAAGGUCAGGAGAGGUCAAACUCGGCUCUGGACGACCAGGAGAGACUCUUCAACCUCGAGAGCCAGGUCGAAGGUCAGAGAAGAUCCCUCACGCCCUUGGAGGGUCAGCUGAGGUCAAACUCACCCUUAGGAGGGCAAAUGAGAUCGAAUUCGCCCCUCGGAGGUCAGCUAAGGUCAAACUCACCACUCGGAGGUCAGAUCAGGUCAAAUUCCCCGCGCCGAUUGGUCUGGGUGGAAAGUUCCUUCGUCGGGUCAAGGCCCAUUCACUCACCCGAGACGCCCACGGCUUCCACGCACGCCCUCGCCACGCCCACGCCCACUUCGGAGGUCAUAGGGUCAGGUCAGGUCAACGGCGACGGGUCAGGUCAGGUCAGGAUGGAAGAGGAGUCGGCGAGGAGGCCGGAAAGCUCGACUCCAGGUGAGUAUCUUAUGGCGUGGUGACCUGAGAUGACCUCGUGAAGUGACCUUUGUAAAUUUUGUUAUAUCAGGUUAUUGUGUGACCUGAGCUGACCUAGUGAAGUGACCUUUGUCAAUUUUGUCAUAUCAGGUUACUGUGUGUCCUGAGGUGACCUCGUGAAGUGACCUUACCUUUAAAUUUGGUCAGAUCAGGUCGUUGUGUGACCUUGAUUGACCUUGCCUUUAAUCUUGGUCAGGUCAGGUCACCUGAUAUGACCUCGUGAAGUGACCUUGUGAAAUUGGUCAUAUCAGGUCACUGUGAUCUUAAAUGACCUGAUAUGACCUCGUGAAGUGACCUUUUAAAUUCAGUCAAAUCAGGUCACUGUGUGAUCUUUAGUGACCUGAUAUGACCUCGUGAAGUGACCUUUUAAAUUCAGUCAAAUCAGGUCACUGUGUGAUCUUUAGUGACCUGAUAUGACCUCGUGAAGUGACCUUUUAAAUUCAGUCAAAUCAGGUCACUGUGUGAUCUUAGCGUAAUGACAUGACCUGAAGUGACCUAGAUUACGGUGCUCUGAUAUUUUAAGGUCACGAGGUGACCUCGUUGUGAAGUCAGGUCAUUGUGAAGUCUUGGAAUGACUCAGCAUAAAUGAGAGGUGACCUGACAUGACCUGAUAAUGAUCCUCUGUCGUUUGGUGACCUGGAAUGACAUUGUUAAGUAAUCUAAGUGAAAAAAAGUGUUUGUUAAGUAAGGUCACUUGUUAGAAAGCGUGAUUCAGGUCAGAUCAUAAAUCAGGUCAUAUUGUGAAACAGAUCAGGUGAAACCGGGCCAGUUAACAGGUCAGGUGAAACCAGGUCACGUUCGAAGCCAGGUCAAAGGGAAGCCCAGGUCACGUUCCAAGCCAGGUCAGAGAGCAUACCAGGUCAGACAAAGCCAGGUCAAAGGCCAACCCAGGUCACGUUCCAAGCCAGGUCAUAGGGCAAACCAGGUCGCGGUCGAAGCCAGGUCACGUUCCAAGCCAGGUCACGUUCGAAGCCAGGUCAUAGGGCAAACCAGGUCACGUCUUCCACAAAAAAAAAAAACGCAAAUCUAUCAAAUGAAAAAAGUUAUAUACAUAUAUAUAUUUCUUUAUAUAUAUAGGCAUCUAUAUUGUAAAUACAGCUAUUAUGAAGUAAUUUUUUUAGAAGAUAAAAAAAAAUGGACAAUUAUUAUCAUUUAUAUUACCUGUAUCAUCAAAACCUUUAAUU